AUGUACUUAUUACUUCUAGUCAGCCUGAUUGCUCUGCAAUUGGUCCUACCAGCGUGUAGUGUCCAUGGAGAUUCUGAUAUUAAACCAGGAACAGCAAAACCGAACGAGUUUUCAAAUGCACAGCUCCGAGCAUUUACAAACCUGAACCGAGCGAGGAGCGUCUGGCAGAGUAAAAACGGCACGCAUGCAAUCGCAAGCCCAUGCAAAGAGGGUUUCUUGAAACCCUCCUACAAACUUUCCGCCUUCCAGUUCAAUAAAACGAGCAUAGAGGCAGGUGAAAGGAGCAUGGCACACUUCAUCCUACACGAUAUUGCGAAUAACGAGACGACUUCGUGUACGACACCCUAUUUGCAGGAUCCGAACAAGCCGAUGUGGAAUAACUGUGCUGGUGACAAGGAUGAGGUAACCCCGAAGACCAUAUUCCAGUAUAUAGCUUCCGCUAGCGAGGUCGAUAUUAACCAAAUGUGGAUAUGUGAAGUCGAAAACAAGACGCAUCCUUUGCUUUAUUUUUCAUCAGCAAGGGCUGACCUUACCGGGCUUUUGGAUUGCGUCGACGAUCCGACACAGACAAGAUGUACAGUUGCAGACGACAAGAUAUCUUCAUUCGAUGGAGACUAUGUAACCCCGGUCUGGAACUCUGACACUAUGGAUAUAAUCCCACCUUCUGAAAAGGAAGUCCUAGACACGCCGUGGAAUCCCACUCCGUGCAUUGGCACGUCCUUCAGUUAUCCUAACUGGGACGUGCAGAACGUUACUCACGAGAAAAGCGAUGAUGGGACGACUUUGACUUUCAGCUUGAGCAAUCAUGCCAAUAACCAGUCGGUGGCGUGCACUGCUAAAGGGGGGGAGUGGUCUACCUGCGAUAGUAAUUCAACGGAAGUAAGGUUUACUGAAGAGACGAGUGAGCUCUCGAUUAACCAAACAUGGAUUUGCAACGGAGGAGAAAAGUAUCUGAAAGACGUUACGUUCCGGGCUAUUGGCACUGCGCCCGUCAAGAUCGAAUCUAACAAAUCAACCUACAUCAAAGGGUCACUAACCGAGCCGAUCGAACUGAGUCCCAACGUCGCCCCCGAAGGUGUAAACUAUCCCGGCUGCCUCGAAACCUCUGAGGCGCCUACUUGGAUAGUAACUUCUUGGGUAUGGAACGAGAGCUGGCGUAACGGAUACAACACCGGAAACCUAACGGCAACCUUCCACAACCCCUCGACAGGCUUCAAUCUAACAUGCACCGGCGACGGCGAAGAACUCAACCGCGACGGACGGUACGGCCACGAGCGCUGGUGGGGCUGCGCCCUAGCACGCUCACCCUUCGAAGACUACCGCAUCAUCUCCUUGAUCAAGCUAAACCCCCUGACGGGAGUCUUCUCCAUAGACCAGAGAUGGUACUGCAACGGGCACGACGACACCCCCCCAGCCAAGUUCCGAGCAGUCGGAGACGUAGACACGAGCCUAGAGUGCUCGUGGAACAACAACACCGCGACCAACACCUCCAUCAAAACCUGCCACCAAACCUCGCUCCCCCUACCCGUCCACGGCGCCGUAACCGAGCGCACCGCGCUAGCCCCAAACGCCUUCUUCGAACUCCCCCCCCAAGGCUACAGCUGCACCAUAGCCUCCGCGCUCUCGACGCAAUGGCAGAUGGGAUUUUCUUCCGACUCGCUGUUCGCGGCGCCCACGUUUGGGGACUCGUUGACGACAAGCGUGCGGUUCGGCAUCCAAUUCGUAGCGAUCGACGGGUACCGAUCCGUCGAGUACGAGGGCUUGGAGACGACCCCGUAUCUGCCGACGAGCGAUCCCGCGCGCUGGUACGAGUGUAAGGAUUAUGUUGCGGGCGAUGAGUCGUCGGAUGCGUGGGCGCGCCAGUCCCUGGAUUGCAAGUGGCAGCUUGAUCUUGCGACUGGGUAUAUUGCGAUUAACCAUACGUGGUUCUGCGAUGACAAGGACCCUGAGAAUCCAAUUAUCUUCACAGGCUCGGGGAGCAGAUUCUACGACACCUCUUGCUACGUCUAUCGCAGGGACGAUGAGAUCUCGUGUAACAUAGUGGGGAUGAACCCGCCGCCUAUCUUACCGACAUACUUGUCGUGGAAGAGUGUUCCAGCCGCGGAGUUAAGGGCUUAG